UGUCCUAUUCAUUUUUUUCUCCUACCACCAAAACGAUUGACACUGUUCUUCUAAUUCCUUCGUCUUCUAAUAGCUAGAAGCAUAAUUUCGAUUUCAAAUUUUGUUGGUGUUUUCACUCGCUUUUGUGGUUUCACAUCCAGUCUAGGAUUAAUCAAUACAAAAAAUAUAUAUUUGGUGUUUUCACUCGCUUUUGUGGUUUCACAUCCAGUCUAGGAUUGAUAUUCUUUCUAGUCAUCAAUACAAAAGUAAAACAAAAAAUAGUUGGUGUUUCCCCCUUUCCAUUCUUGUUCUCCCACGUGUAAAAUAUAGUCUUUGUUCCUAGUGAUCAGCACAAAAAACCAAAAAAAUAUGUGCAUGUUCUAGUCGUUCCCAGAGAAAAAGAAUUCUAUUUUUUGUUUCCCCGUUCAUUGUUGUCCUUUCACAUCGACAAAAUACUCUUUGUUUCUAGUGAUCAAUACAAAAAUGAAUCGAUUGCAUGCUCCACUUUGCCAUUGCUGUUCCACAUCUACACUGAAUCCCGUUUCCUAGUGAUAAACAUUGAAAAAAAUAUCAUUUGUGUUUCCCUUUAUGGUUGUUUUUUCAGAUCUGCAACUACUCCUUUUAUCUAACUCUAGCUUUUGAUUGAUAAAAAAAUAGGAAAAAAAUUCAUUGGCUUUCCAUCAUUGCUAUUGUGUUAUUCUCUUAUCCAGACUUUGUUCUCUUUCUGCGGAUAAAUACCAAAAAAAUAAAAUCUUUGGUUUCACCCCACUGUUGUUUUUCCACAUUUAUCAUUGCUAGCUUUUCUAGUUACCAGUUCCACUAGAAACACCAAAAGAUUCCUGGCUUGUCCCAGUACUGAGAUAUUUCCAGUGAAUAUGGUUGAGGUCAUUUCUUGACAUCCGUAUUACGGUGCCUAAUUCAACCACCAGCUACUUUAUAUAUUCUCCUUUGUGAUAUUUUACUCACUUCUGGGCUAUAUAACAAGCAGGGUCAAUUUGCUUGUGUUUCUCAGGACCAUACAAGGAAGCUAGUCUGCAGCUUUUAAGCAGAAACAUGAACACUUAAUGUUUAUACUAUACAAAGUUAUCCCCAGUUCAGGUUUCUUAGCCGCUGAGAGGACCGUGGAAGGAAAUUAGGUGCAGCUGUCAAGCCAAGUCAAAGAGAAUUGAUAUUUGUUUGCCAGCCUUCAGUUUAAGUGUUACUGAAUAUUGUUUCUUGGUGAUCUAAGAUCCUGCAUGUGACAAGUUAUUCCCGGUUCAAAGCUUUUCAGAAGGCCAGCCCAGAGCUGAGAGGUCAAUUUGUGCAAACUAGCAAGUUUGUUACACUACUGAACAUAAGUCAUGGCAUCAUCUUCAUGGGAAAAAUGGCCUGAUCAUGUGCGGGAUAAAUGGCAUGAUGAUUUGAGAGAUAUAGAUUUUUGGUUUAAUAGAUAUCAUGAAGAGGAUGAUGCAGGUCUUAAGUUCACUAUUAAUCCAUGGAGGUAUUGGAAUGUUGGGGCGGGGCCCAUGGCUUCCUUCAGACUAGCCAUGUCAGGCAUGGUUGAGGGAAUCUGUGAGAGCUUUGGGCCCUUCAAACCCGUGAUAAAGGUGGAUCUGAAGCCCACGCCAACUGUAGAUGAAGCACAAGGAACAAGGUUCAUGAGCAUCAAGUACCAGUUAGCCGUCGCUGCGGCAGAGGAGUUGGGGCUACUCGACCAAGAAUAUAACAGGCUGAAGGAAGAGCACGAUGAGUUGCAGUUUUACACCUACGGGUGCAGUGGUACCGGUGCCUCUCAUAAUUUGGAGAAUCGUGUGCGGUACACUAUAGUUCCUCAGAUCGUCAAGAAGUUGUCAACCGAGAAGUAUUUGCUAGUGGUCAAUAACCUCCGGUGGCCAAUUGUGCCUGACAGUUUUAUACAGGAUUGCGGGUUCCCUCCCCCGCUGUGGACAGAUUCUAAGUGGCUCAUCUCAACCACUUCUGAGGAUGUCUGCAACAAGAGCAAGCUGGAAGACGAUUGGGUUAUACCCUAUCCCACAGAUAGGGAUGUUGUGGCGCUUACCCUCUCUGCACUGCGUGAAUCGGCACAUCACAUACUCAACAUGACCCAUCAAGAAAGCAAGGAAUACUGGCAUCACAUAGCCCUCAAUUGCUUCCACUUUGCCAUGGUGAUCUUUGCCAAACAUUCACAGAUGGCAGCGGUUACCUCGGACGAGCUCAUCCAUCAUUGGGCCACCCAAGGCAUCUUGCCUCGUAUGACCAGUAGUGAAGAAGAAAAAGAAACCAACAUCUGCAGCAGCAAGUGUGCCUAUAUGCAUCGAGUUGGAAGGGUCAUCCUUGAAGCAUUUGAGAAAUACUCUUUGUUGCAGCUACCAUUCUCUCCUGCCAAUGAAGCUCAUGAAGCCACCAAUACUGCUGCACAAUUCCUUGCAUACCAUGCCCUCAUUGCAGAAGGCAUGACAGUAGGUGAACUCGCGGAUCAUAAGAAAAAAUGGAUCGCCUUUUUGGAUGAUCAUGGAUGUCAUGUAAGCCGAGAAUGGUUGGGGCCGGGGGAAACUAGGGGGGCAACUGCACUUAUUCUAAGAGGUUGCUCACACCAAUCGGUCAUACUUUGCAAGCUGGGCCAUAUCCUGCCCAAACUUAUAUUUCUUCAUUGUCUUGAUCUCUCUUACACUCAACUGAAAACACUCCCUUCUUCUAUCGAAUGUCUAAUAAACCUUCGACUGCUUUCACUUAGAGGCUGCCAUGAUCUCAAAACUCUUUCCAGUUCACCCACAACAAGUGCCACAGACUCGUCAACAAAUACUACGUCAUAUUCCCCAUUAUCCACUCUAUACAAGCUUGAAAUUCUUGAUAUGAAUGGAGUUCCUUUUUCUCAUAUAACACAAAAUGUAGCCAACCAAAAGAGCAACUUGAUUUACCUCAACAUGUCCUAUUCAAAAAUAUCUACUUUUCCACCAAAUGUUUUUCGGGACAUGUCAAAUCUUGAAGUGCUUAUUCUUGCCAGCUGCUCCAACCUUCUCCAGCUUCCUCCUUCCAUGGCAUUGCUAUCCAGCCUAGUAACCCUUGAAGUCACAGGGACCCAAAUAAAAUGCUUCCCGCCGAAGAUAUUUGAAGAAAUGCAGAAGCUUCAGUCGCUCAAGCUCAUCGACAACAAGAAAUUGAUUUCACUCACAAGACCAAUCUCUAGGUUUCAGGGAAUCAAGUUGGAAGGGCAUCCUAACCUUAUAUCAUUCGUCUUGAUCGGCGCACCUCACGUAAGGUGCUUGUCUUUGCGUGGAUGUAGGAAACUCGAGUCCGUCGAGAUAAAGAAUCUUGGUGCGUUGGAAGAGCUAGAUUUGUCCGGUACAACUAUCAAGGAGCUCCCUGCUGACAUCCCCAAUAUGCCCCAUCUUAGGAGAUUGCUCCUACUUGGUGUUCCUUCUCUGAGGCGAUUUCCUUGGCAUAGGCUGGAGCGACUCCCUGAUGUGUUUUUCUUGGAUAAUUGCUCAGAAGGAAAUGGUAAUCACUCUAAUCAAGUUUCCCAAGUGUGUGUUACUGACGCCAGGUUCUUCUAUAGCUUCCAUCGCAAUGCUCUGAAUUUAGUAAGACAUGGGAAGUUUUUCCAAUCAUUUUAUAUUCGAGUUGCACCAUGCAUUACAAAUAGUAUGCAACUGCAACUGCAAGAUGAAGAAAUCAUGCUAGCUAACAAGCUGGACGAGUUGCUACAGAAACAGUUAACAUAUGUAGAUGUAUAUAGCAGAUAUUUUGCAGAGAAAAUUGCUAUUGCCCCACAAAUUAGAGUUCCCCUUCACCGAACUAAGCGGCAUGUGGAUAUCACAGGCGGGCAACAGUCACACAAUGGUUUAGCAUACCUUCUGCAUAUCACGAAAUCAAUAUCAGUGACAUAUGAUACUUCUAUCAAGUCUUUUUCUAACUUGAGCGGUUUUGAUGAGCUGGAAGAAUGUGAGCUUCAAUGGUGCCACAAAAUAGACACCGUUUUCCACAACUUCAUGGAAAAUCUACGGAAUGUGCAUGUGUCCAACCUCAAAAGUCUAGUUAGAUUCUGUUCACCAUACUGUUUUGUUGAAUUCAGUUCACUAGAGCAUCUACACCUGGAGAACUGCCCCAGAUUGGAGAUCCUGAUGACAUAUGGUGCAUCAGCACUACCAUGUCUCAAGACACUUGACAUCAUGUUUUGCUACAACCUCAAGAAACUAUUCUACAGUUAUGAAGAUCAAGAUCGUGCUUAUGAGCUCCCGAGCCUCCAAAGGAUACGUCUACAGGAGUUGCCACUGCUAAAGCACUUUGAUGACAAUGAUGCCAUCAUAACGGCACCGGCAUGGGAGGAGCUCCAUGUCCGGGGGUGCUGGAGCCUUCAACGCCUCCCGCACCUACAAGGACGCCAGCCGGAGAUAGUGAAGGUGAACUGUGAGAGGAGCUGGUGGGGCAAACUCCAGUGGGGGCCACUCCCACACCAUAACAACUAUGAACCGAAGCUACCCCCAGAGUUUGCCUCAUUCGACGAGUCUGCCGACAUGAGCAGCUACCUCAGAUGAAUCAACAAGGCCUCCAUCAAGGCAUCCAUUCAUCUAUCCAUCAGUUGUGUUCCACCAUACGUCCAUGUGGUAUAUAUGUCAACCACUCUGGUCUGCAAGAUGAUACUUAUCAGCUCCAAAAGAUACGUCUCCAGGAGUUACCACUGCUCCAGCACUUCCAUGACAUAGACAUCAACCUCACCAUCACCGCCCCAGUGUUAAAGGAGCUCCACGUCCAAGGGUGUUCGUGCCUCCGAUUCCUCCCACGCCUACAAUAAGUGUUCCAGCAUACCCCACAGAGUACCUCCCUCAAUACAGAGUGUUCCACCAUACUCUACAUCCAUACUGUAUAUGUCAACUACCCUUGUGUCGUUCGACACUCACACCCUUGUGUCGUUCCCUGACAUGCCGUUGCCUCUCUAUACACCUGCAUGCCAUCCAUUUGAUUUUUAGAGCUUUUAGCAAAUAAAAGUCCAAAUUCCUAGGUUAUUGUCAACCGACCACUUUGUCCCCUGUGGAAUUGGUUUUACUUUUUACUAUUCCAGCACAUUUUAUUGGAGUAUCAGCUACUCUACAUUUGGUGAUGUACGAGUGGCAUUUGAUUUGUAAAUUAUGUUAAAUCAUC